UGUAAAGGACAUACAUUGUCAAAAAUCUGUUGGUUGAGUGUGUUUGAAAAAUUUUCCACUGCCACGAUGAGCGAGAUUCGACAUGACUUUUGGGAGGAAGAGAUAUUCCCAUUGUAUGAAUCAAUUAACCCGCCAAUGUUAUCAACGCUUAUUCAAAGAGUCGAAAAUUUGAGAAAAGAUUUCUCAUACAUAAUAAAUGAAUUUUAUAAAGUAAUAGAACAAAAUCACAAAAGUUCCGAGACAGCCAUAGAACAAAUAAAGAAGGAAGGUAUGUUAGAAGAUAUUUUAGAUAUUACGACAUCUACAACUUCUGACAUUCAACAAAACACUGGAGACGAUGUUAAAUCAAUUAACCCGCACAUAUUAUCAACGCUUAUUCAAAAAGUCGAAAAUUUGGAAGAUCUUUUAAAUAUACAUGAUGAAUUUGAGAAAAAUGACACAAGUUCCCCGACAGCCAUAGAACAAAUAAAGAAGGAAGAUAUGUUAGAAGAAGUUCUAGAUAUUACGACAUCUACAACUUUUGACAUUCAACAAAACACUGGAGACGAUGUUAAAUCAAUUAACCCGCACAUAUUAUCAACGCUUAUUCAAAAAGUCGAAAAUUUGGAAGAUCUUUUAAAUAUACAUGAUAAAUUUGAGAAAAUAAAUGACACAAGUUCCCCGACAGCCAUAGAACAAAUAAAGCAGGAAGAUAUGUUAGAUAAAGUUCUAGAUAAGAUGACACGCACAAUUUCUGACAAGCAACAAAACACUGUUAUAUCUGAGAAAACCGGUUAUACUAAAGCUUUUGACAUAUUUUUUGACAAAUUGAAGGAAAAAACAAUUCUGGAGAAACAUAAAAAAUAGAUUUGAUUGACGAAGCAAGAAAUGACGGAUACGCCAAGAGAGUUCGAAGAUUACCAGAUUGUAGAUAUUAAGUAUGAUCAAUUUCACGAGAUAAUUUGUCAGAAUGAGAUUAGAAGAACUAUUAUACAACUUAAUGAUCAUGGCAAAAGACACUUUUACACAAGAAUUACAGACGACAAAAAAAAUUAAGACUAAAUUACAAAAUGCAGUUCGCUACAAAAGAAGAAUACUUCCUCUAUCGAAUAAACCUAAUAAAUUUAUUUUUAACCUUAGAAGAACACGUGUUAUCAUUGAAACUCAAAAGAGAGCAUUUUACAACAAAUAUGAAAGCAGGCGUCGAGAUGCCUAAUUUGAUUAAAAUUGAUAAUGAACUGAGCAGGCUAAAAAGGGAUUAUGUGUAUCUCGAUUUUAAUCACAAAAUGCGUCUAGAUGAGAUUUCUAAAAGUUUUAUUUACCUUAUAGACUAUUGCUUGCUAUACAAAAUGCCAAAUAAAGAAGAAGAGAUUAUUAAGUUUAGAAAUUUCAUGCAGAAACUUGAAA